CCGACUUUGAAAACCAAAUACCCAAUCCAAGCAGGAAAAGUUCACCUCCAGUCCUCCAGAAAUCGCUAGCAAAAGUUGAACAAUGAAGCCUCAUAUUAGUUAUAUAUCAUUUUGAACUAACUAAAAUGCACCUGACUCUGCUUUCCUGCACUGAAUUGUAGAAAAUCUUCGCAUCCCAUUAUGCAGAAGAUUUCCUUCCCUUUCGUUUGUUUGUAUGUUUUACAAGAAUGUUAGGCAUGAACUGAAAGUCAAUAUAGUAGGCUACCAAAACGAGCAACCAACAUUUUUAUAACAACCUCUACUAUCGCUAAUUACCUACACAUUUGUCUAUCUCCUCUCCAGAUUGGCCCCUCAUAGAUUUUCACAUCCUCCAUUUCGGUGAGAUGUUUACAUUGGCAGCUUCGGUGUUUGUAGUGGGUGUUAUCAUAUAUGCUUAUAGGACAACUAAGCCUCCACCUCCCAAGAUAUGUGGGACGCCAAAUGGCCCUCCUGUUACUUCACCAAGAAUCAGGCUGGGCGAUGGGAGGCAUCUAGCUUACAGAGAGAGGGGUGUUGCUAAAGAAAAUGCCAAGUACAAAGUCAUCGUUGUUCAUGGCUUUGACAGCUCCAAAGACAUAUAUCUACCACUCUCUCAGGAGUUGAUGGAUGAGGUGGGUGUGUAUAUUGUAUCAUUUGACAGAGCCGGGUACGGUGAAAGUGAUCCGAACCCAAAGCGGUCGGUGAGGAGUGAAGCAUUUGAUAUUCAAGAACUGGCUGAUCAGUUGCAGCUCGGACCCAGGUUUUAUAUACUUGGAAUGUCACUUGGAACUUACCCAGUUUGGGCUUGCCUCAAAUACAUUCCACACAGGCUUGCUGGUGUGACUCUAGUGGUUCCAGUCAUCAAUUUUUGGUGGCCUUCUUUUCCUCCCAAACUGGUGAAUGAGGUGUACAAGAAGCAACUAAAGAGAGAUCAAUGGAAACUCAGGAUUGGGCACUAUGCCCCUGGACUAGUCUACUGGUGGAUGACCCAGAAGUGGUUCCCCUAUUGUUCUAUCUCGCAAAGACACCCUAUACUUUUUAACAAACGCGACGUAGAAACCAUCCAGAAAAUGUCACAAGUAGCAGCGCCUAACGAGGAUAAGGUACGACAACAAGGGGUCUACGAAUCCCUGCAUCGAGACAUAAUAGUGCAUUUUGGGAACUGGGAAUUCGACCCAAUGGAGCUUAAGAAUCCAUACCCUAACAAUGAAGCCUCUGUUCACCUGUGGCAUGGUCAUGAAGAUAAACUUGUGCCAUAUGAAAGGCAGCGAUAUGUGGUGAAGAAGCUGCCAUGGAUCAGGUAUCAUGAAGUUGCUGAUGGUGGGCAUCUAAUGAUUCACGAGACAGGUUUGUGUGAGGCUAUGUUCAGGGAACUCUUGCUUGGAGAAGAACCCUCUAUCAUAUAGGCGUGUUUCAAGAAAUAUACUUGUAUUGCUAUAUAUAUAUGCCAUAUGGCCAAUAAAAUUCAAGUUAAAUGGUUUGUUUCUUUA